AAGCCACCUAAAUUGGCCACCCCUCUCCAUCCAUAUGUACCAACUUUAUUGUUGAACAGCUCUCCUUUGUCCCUCCUAAGUUUUCCUACCCACCGCAGAAAUGCCAUCAGAACCACCCCCAAACUUCUGGGGCGACAUGCCGGAGGAGGAAUACUACGCCUCCCAGGGCGUCCGCAACACCAAGUCCUACUUCGACACCCCAAACGGAAAACUCUUUACACAGUCAUUUCUUCCACUGGACCCUCAAGAACCCAUCAAGGGUACGGUGUACAUGAGCCACGGUUACGGCUCCGACACCGGCUGGCUCUUCCAGAAGAUAUGCAUGAGCUAUACCACCUGGGGAUACGCCGUCUUCGCCGCCGACCUCCUUGGUCAUGGCCGGUCGGAAGGCAUCCCGUGCUACCUCGGCGAUAUGCAGAAGAUCGCCGGUGCGUCGUUGUAUUUUUUCAAGAGCAUGAGGAACAGUGAAGAGUACAAGCAUUUGCCGGCCUUUCUGUUUGGGGAGUCAAUGGGUGGACUGGCUACUUUGCUCAUGUACUUCCAAUCUGAUCCUGACACCUGGACUGGAGUGAUCUUUUCGGCCCCACUUUUUGUCAUCCCCGAACCUAUGCAGCCGUCCAGGGUGCGGCUAUUCGUGUAUGGAUUGUUAUUUGGCAUGGCGGAUACGUGGGCAGCAAUGCCAGACAAUAAGAUGGUGGGAAAGGCUAUAAGAGACCCUGAGAAGUUGAAGAUCAUUGCCGGAAAUCCAAGAAGAUAUACAGGUCCGCCCAGGGUUGGGACCAUGAGGGAGCUCGUGAGGCAAACUGAGUACGUACAGAACAAUUUCCACAAGGUGACGGUGCCAUUUUUGACCGUUCAUGGGACUUCUGAUGGGGUCACUUGCCCGUCCGGCUCCAAAAUGUUGUACGAGAAAGCUAGCAGUCAAGAUAAAACCUUGAAGUUAUACGAUGGGAUGUACCAUUCGUUGAUUCAAGGGGAGCCCGACGAGAGUGCAAACCUUGUGUUGGCUGACAUGAGGGCUUGGAUUGAUGAGAGGGCUCAGAAGUACGGUCCAAAAGCAAAAUGUAAUGGAUACUCGUAGGGGUUCUCAAAAAAAA